AUGGAAACUUGCAAUUAUGGACUUGCUGUUGGAUCUGCUUGGAGUGCAAAAAAUUCUUGUAGUUACCAGAAUCUUUUUCCAUAUCCAAACUCGCUUAUAAUAGAUGAUAAGAAAGUAGAAUUCACUUAUGGAUCUUGGAUGACAAGCUCAAAAUCGAUGUGCACAGCAACAAUUUCAGAUAUGGACAUUGAUACAAUUGUUAAAUUUACAAAAAAUUACUGUGGUGAUGCACAUAAGUUGUGUGCCUCUGAAGGUUUAGCACCCCAAUUAUUUUGUGUGUAUAGGAAGAUAAUACCAGGUUGGACAAUGGUCAUCACGGAGAACAUUAAAGAGGCAAAGCCAUUACAUGAAACUACAUUUAAUUUGAAAAAAGAUCAAGAUCAGGUGUUUCAAGAUAUCUCUCUAUUACCUGGUAUCCGCCCAAAUAACAUAUUGGUAUAUGAGAAGGAUCAACUAAGACAGGCAAUGCUUGUAGAUUUCGAUUGGGCUGG